AUGGGGGAUGGAGAUGAAAUCCCUAUCAGAAUCACCAAUGUAGAAUUGGCUAAGAUAGUCAAAGAGCAAAUGGCAGAGAGCAGGGCUGUCAGAGAGGAGAAUAGGGCAAUGAAGAGAGAGUUGGAUAAGUUGAAAGGCCAAGUAAGGAGAGGAGGCCAAGAAGAAUCAGAAGGAGAAGAAGAAGAGCAAGAUCCAGCCGGUCAAGCAAAUAUUCCGGAGGAUCAAAAGGCAAUCCUUGCAGCCCUAGAGAGGGUAGGAGUAAAGGAUAGGAAUGAUAUUCCUUUGUUCCAUGGCAAAUUGGAACCGGAAGAAUGCAUGGAUUGGAUAGAAGCUUUGGAGAAUUAUUUUGAGUGUGAGGUGGUACUUCCAAGCCAAAGGGUGAAGUUGGCGAAGUCCAAAUUGAAGGGGCCAGCCCUUAGUUGGUGGAAUUUUCUACAAAAUGAGAGAUUGGAAGAGGGAAAGGAGGUUAUUUCCACUUGGACCAGAAUGAAGGCAGAAUUGAAAAGACAGUUUGUACCGGAUGAUUAUGAAGUGACCCUUCAUAAGAAGUUUCAAAAUUUGAAGCAAAAGGAUCUUGAUGUGAGUACUUAUACUCAAGAAUUUCACAAUUUGACCUUGAAGGCCAAAAUGUUUGAAACUGAAAAACAAAAACUUGCAAGGUAUAUCAAUGGAUUGAAAUAUAGCAUCCAAGAUGAAUUGACAUUGGUUAGUGUGGAAUCAGUCCACAAAUGUUUCCAGCUUGCCCUCAAGAUUGAGGAAAAACAGAAAAGAAGAGGAGAACAAAGUAAGGGAAGAGGAAACUCAUUCCGUGGAAGAGGUAGGUUCAAUGGGAGAGGAACUUUUCCUAAGUUCCAAGGUGAAAGCAGCAAUCAAAGUGCUGAUAAUGAUGCUGGUGGCAGAGGGUCAUUUAGAGGAAGAGGGUCAAAUAAUGGCAGGGGCAGAUCAAGAGGAAGAGGCCCUAAUGUGUUCACCGAGAGAUGCUUCUCAUGCAACCAAGUUGGACAUCAAUCUUUCAGAUGUCCACAAAAGAGUGACAGCAGCAAACAAGGAGAUAGAAGGGUACAAUUGAUUCAAGAAGAGGAUUGUCAAAGCAACUCAUCAUACCAUACAACCUCAUCCAAGCAUGCUGAUCCAGUGCAGGGAGAAACUCUUAUGUUUAAUAGAUCGCUGUUGGUACCACUCAAUAAAGAGCCAGCACAAAGGAAAUCUCUAUUCCGGACUACUUGCAAAGCAAAAGGUAAAGUUUGUAAGGUAAUUGUUGAUUCCGGCUCUACUGAAAAUCUAGUUUCUUUGGAAAUGGUAACCAAGUUAAAUUUGAAAAGGCUUCCACAUCCUACUCCCUAUAAAGUUUCCUGGUUGAAUAAGGAGCAGCAAACUAUUGUGAAUGAACAAUGCUUGGUAGAAUUUGAAAUUGGUGAUUACAAAGAUAAAGUUUUAUGUGAAAUAGUUGCAAUGGAUGCAUGCCACCUUCUUAUAGGAAGACCGUGGCAAUAUGAUACUAAUGCCCAGCAUGAUGGGAAAACCAAUGUGUUCAAUAUAACUAAGGAUGGAGAAAAUUUUAUAAUGACACCUUUACCAGAUGUUGCCAAUAAUUCAAUCUUGCAAAGUAGUGUUAUGGUUGUCAAAGAAAAAGAGUUUUUAGAAGGUCUUAAGGAAGAGAAUUCUCCAUGCUUUGUUGUUGUACUCAGACCUAAGGAAACUAAUUGUGAGGGCAGGGAAUUGAAUUUAGAAGCCAAGGAAAGUACUUGUCCUAAGGUUGUAUGUGAUUUGCUGAAUAAGUAUGAUGGUAUUAUUGCUGAUAGUGCUCAUGAGUUGCUUCCACCAAAGAGGUCAAUCAGCCAUUGUAUUGAUUUGAUUCCGGGUUCUACAUUACCAAAUAAAGCAGCCUAUAAACUAACUCCUGAACAAAAUGCUGAAGUUGCACGACAAAUCCAAGGAUUGUUAGAAAAGGGUUACAUACGAAAAAGUAUUAGCCCAUGUGCUGUCCCAGCAGUCCUUGCUCCUAAGAAAGAAGGAACUUGGAGGUUGUGUACAGAUUCUAGAGCCAUUAAUAAGAUUACUAUUAGAUACCGAUUUCCCAUGCCUCAGAUAGAGGAUCUCAUGGACUGUUUAGGUGUUAUGCCUUUUGGUUUAUCCAAUGCUCCUAGUACUUUCAUGCGUUUAAUGAAUGAAGUGCUAAAACCUUUUCUUCAUCAAUUUGUUGUUGUCUAUUUGGAUGAUAUUCUGAUUUUUAGUGGCAGCAAAGAGGAGCAUUUACAGCAUUUGGAUCAGGUCUUGAGGAAGCUUCAUGAAGAAGGCUUGAGGAUAAACUUAGAGAAGUGUUCCUUCAUGCAAGAAGAACUUGUGUUCUUGGGUUUUGUAAUUUCAAAAGGCAGUCUGAAAAUGGAUCCUUCAAAAGUAGAAGCCAUCCUAAAUUGGCCAGCACCUACUACAGCCAUGGAGGUAAAAAGUUUUCAUGGUUUAUGCAGCUUCUAUAGAAAGUUUAUUAGAAACUUUAGUGGUGUUUGUGCUCCACUUAUUGAUACUAUUAAAGGAGGAAGAAAAUGUGUUUUCCAAUGGACUAAAGAGGCCAAUGAAUCUUUUGAAUUACUGAAAAGGAAAAUAUCAGAACAGCCAGUACUUGUUUUACCGGAUUUUUAUAAGGUUUUUGUUGUUGAAUGUGAUGCUAGCAAUAAGGCUAUCGGUGGGGUUCUUAGUCAAGAUGGUAGACCCGUAGCCUUCUUUAGUGAGAAAUUAAAUGAAGCAAAACAAAAAUAUUCCACUUAUGAUCUUGAACUUUAUGCUAUGGUUCAGUCGUUAAGAAAAUGGAGGCAUUAUCUUUUACCAAAAGAGUUUAUUGUUUUUACGGAUAACCAUGCCCUCAGUUUUCUGAAUAGACAAGAGAAACUUAACCAUAGACAUGUCAAGUGGAUGGAGUUUUUGCAGGCUUAUACUUUCAGCAUUAAACAUAAGAAAGGGGCUAUGGCAUCCAUGUAUGCUACGGAUGAAGAUUUCAAGGAAAUUUAUCAGGUUUGUUUGGAUAUGACAGCAAGGUAUCAUACUGAUUUUUCUGAUUAUUUGAUUCAGAAUGGGCUACUUUUCAAAGGUCAUUCCUCUAAUGCUGGUCUUUACACACCUUUGCCCAUUCCUUCUAAACCAUGGGAUUCAGUUAGUAUGGAUUUUGUGCUCGGUUUGCCUCGGACCAAGUCAGGUUAUGACAGCAUAUUUGUGGUAGUAGAUCGGUUUUCAAAAAUGGCUCAUUUUAUUCCAUGUAAAACUACUCAUGAUGCAUCUCAUGUUGCUGGAUUGUUCUUUCAGGAAGUAGUACGUUUGCAUGGUUUACCUUUGUCAAUCAUAUCAGAUAGAGAUCCUAAAUUCUUGGGUCAUUUUUGGCGCACUUUGUGGAAGAAAUUGGGCACUAAUGUUUAUUUAUCUUCUGCAUAUCACCCACAAUCCGAUGGGCAAACUGAGGUCAUCAAUAGGUCUCUUGGUAAUCUUUUGAGGUGCUUGACACAAGAACAUGGUACAAGUUGGGAUUCAGUUUUGGCUCAAGCUGAGUUUUCCUAUAAUGAUUCAGUGAAUCGUAGUACCGGGAAAACUCCAUUUCAGAUUGUGUAUGGUAUUCAUCCACGGGGCAUUUUGGAAUUAAGGGAUGUUAAUUGUUUGGAAAAGCCCAGUGCUUUGGCUGAUGAUUUUGUUACUAUUAUGAAGGAUAUUUAG